CAGUAUCGUUGUGACAACCAAUUCCCUACUUUUUCUCUUAGUGUCCAAAGGAUAUAUCCAGAGACAUGUUUGCCCGUCUUUGUAGGCGCUUUGGGAGAGUUGAUGUUGAUAGAGAAGAGUCUAGAGUGAAGCAAACGCAACCUAAAGAGGCCUACAGACAGACGUCAUCCCCUGAAAAUGUCCUAAACAAGGUGCAGGCCAACGAGGAAGAGGAGAGGCUGAAUAGUGAACUGGAACUAACUACCAAGGAGAGAAAUGAGCUGACAGAACGCCUCCUUUAUGUGACAGGUGGAUCCAUGAGCAAGAGCCCCUACUUCAGGCCAAAUCCAUUUUAUGAAAACUUGAAGAUAAAGGAGAAAGAGGUCAUGUCAUUACUGCACAACUUAGACACAAAGAACAUUGAACAUCGUGAGAAAUUUCAGGAGCUCAAGAAGGAGAUUAACUUCUAUCGGUAAGUACUGGUCAGAAGGGCCCAUCACUUGUGGAAUGGCCAUGUCUGCCUCUCUUUGUUCUGGACUGGAGAGCCUGCAGCUCUGGGUCCAUGUCUUCUGCUGUUUAAAUAUCACUGUGCCGUGGGUCUUUUGGACUCAGUUUCAGUUCUUUAAGACACUGUGACUUCUCACCACAGUGUCUAUGCAUCUUUACAAGGCUCUGGAUAGAACUACACUGAUUAAGGCAUCAGAUU